GGGACUCGUGACAGGACAGGGCUCAGGCAGCUCAGGCGCCUUCUGAUUGCUGGCAUUUGGUUUUUACCUCGGGGUUUUAGUUUCUUUUUUUAUUAUUUUUUUCCUUUUUCUUUUUUUUUUUUCUCUUUUUUCCUUUUUUUUUUCUUUUUUUUUCUUUUUUCUUUUUCUUUUCUUUUUUUAUCCCUCUUUUUUCCUUUUUUUUCUUUUUUUUUCUUUUUUUUUUCGGUGUGUAAUAAAAAUCCUGAGCAAGGGACUCUACAGGAAUGGGGCCACCUGUCCCAUUGACUCAACCAGGACCUCUUCUCCCCUGGGACAGCACCCAGGAGAGCCUCACACAUCCCUCCUGACCUCUUGCCACUCCUGUAUCUGCUUGGCCGUCCCAGAGGAUCCAUGAACUGCUCCCGGUCUCCUCCCAGCACUUCCAAACCUCCUGGCAAAGGACUCCAGCCCUCCGUGGCCUCCGUCCUGUCUCAGGCAGCACAUCCCCUGCAGCUGCCCCACACACACUCCUCAAAGCAGCCUGAGCCCAGACUCACGGACAGGAGGGAGGAAAACAUUUUGUGGAAUUUAUAUGUAUUUAUAAUGGACUUCGCUUCAACCUGGAGCCCCCCGCUGCUUCCUGCCUCUCCAGGGACUUGUGCCGGGGCUGCUCCGGGUAGGUUUUUACCUGCCUCCUCAUACGACGGUGCCUUAAACCAUUUAGGGGAGCGGGGGGCCGCGGGGGUCACACAGAGAGGGAGGGGAGGAAGGUGGCUUUCCGGGACCAUCUGCAAUCGGGGCUUUUUUCUCCCUGUGAUCAGGAGCCCUCCUGGGUGCCCGGGGACCCACCCUGCUGCUCUGUCCUCCAGCUAGCAAAUGCCAGUGGCCUUUUUAGCCUUUAAUUUAUUCUCCUCCCCGUCCUGCCUUGCCUGAGGUGCAGCGGGAGGAGACACGGGCACCAUCCCAGCCCUCGAGGCAGCUCCAUCCAACCCACACCCGGCCGGCUUCGCCCUCGCUGCCUUGCGGGCACGGGCUGAGCGCUGGCACCAGCAUCCUGCCCAGCCUGGGGCAUCCCAGCGGGGCUCAGGGGGGGCAGGAUGGGAAAGGGGGGCUGCCCGCGGCAGGAGCUGGGCUGGGGCAGCGAUGCUGCUUGGCAGGUGGCUUGUUUACUGUGUAAGCAAGACGGGUGGGAAGUGUCUCAUACAAGGGAGACUCGUGCAGGAAUAAAUCUGAGCUUGAACAGGGCGCUGGGUGCGUGUGUUUUGUCUCUGGGUGGUCUGGCAGGGGGUGGGGAGCUGCCGCCGGUGGAGCCCCAGGGGCACCCAUGGACCAGAACAACUCAGGGCUUGCCUGCAGCAAGGGAGAUGUGGCUCCAGGUGGCAGAAGGAGCAUUUCCAGCCCCACGGAGCUCCCCGGUGCCCGCACUGUUCCCUCAAAACCCCUGAACAAUGGCCCUUUUCUCCCCUGCUUAGGGAAGGAGACGGGCAUUAAGGGGCAGCAGGAAUGCAGGUGGCAGGGCCCAGGCACCCAGAGAGGGCAGGAGGGACAUGCUCAGCCUGGGGUCCCCAACACGGCCCCUUCAGCGCUGCCCUGAGCAGUGAGGAGCCUGCUGGAAAACCAAGGUGCCGUGUGGGGACCCCAGCAGCGGGGUCUCUUGGGGAUGGGCUCCCAGCGGGAUGGGUGCGAGCACUCGUUCCCCUUUAAGACGCUGUUUCUCCGUGCCAGAGCCUGACCUCGGCAUCCUCAGCUGAGCUGGAUUAACGGGGCGAGGGGGAAGGGGCCUGCGGAGGGGACUGGGGCUGCUGCUGCCUCCCGGGGCUCCCCGCACUCCCGGCGCGGCGGGCAUGGCCCUCGGGUGGGCUCCGGCGCUGGGCUGCCACGUGUAGAGCUGGCACUGCCACCACCCCCGCCCCGGAACCCAUGGGGGCAGCUGGGGAGGAGCGGGUGGUGGCGCUGGGGGGCACAGGGCACUGGGCAGCGUUUUAGCCAGGCUGCGCCGGGAACCUCCUGCUGCCAUGAAAGACUUCACCGAAAUCACGCUUUGCCCCGAGGCUCUGGACGGUAGCAAGACCGAGUUCUGCAACCCCGUUUUUGAGGGCGAGGAGCCCCGGGCGGCACCGAGCGCGGAGCACCCGCCGGACAAGGAUGGGACCGGCCCCGCACCGCGCCGGGACGGCCUCGGUACCAGCCUGGGGGCCAGCAGCUGUGGGCACAGGUGGGCUGGAGGUACCGCGCCGACUGCAAGUUCACCUGGCUCUGCGUGGCUCUGAUGAGCGCCAUCCUGCUCUUCCUCAUCGCCCUCCUGCUCGGCAUCGUCAUCCACCCGCGGGAUCCCCUGGGAGCUGCACACCUGUGGAGCUGACGUCCCCACAUCCCCCCGGCGCCCCGGCCACGGCCCUGCCCGCCCGCGGCACUGCCACCACCGCCACAACACCCAUCCGAAGGGACCCCCCGGCCCCCAAAACAGCUGCCACCCCAACCGAGAGCGGGCUGCCCACGGCCCGCACAGCAGCACCGGCCUGCGGAGGGACCCUGCGGGGCCCCGAGGGCUCCUUCAGCUCCCCCAACUACCCCGGCCCCUACCCCCCUAACGCCCUCUGCAUCUGGCGCAUCGAGGUGAGCGCCGGCCUCGCCAUCCAGCUGAGGAUGGAGACGUUCAGCGUGGAGAGCACGGCCUCCUGCCUCUUCGACCGCCUGGAGCUCUACGAAGAGCCGGGCACCGGCGGCACUGCCCCUUCCCCGGCUCGGGACAGCCCGACCAGGUUUUGUGGCAACGUGCCCCCCCCGACCUUCAACACCGACUCGAACCGCCUGCGGGUCACCUUCGUGUCCGACAGCAGCGUGGGCGCCCAGGGCUUCAGCGCCCGCUACCGCGCCGUGGCCCCCGCCGAGAAGAGCUGCGCCUGGGACGAGCACCUGUGUGACCGCGGGCUCUGCCUCCAGCUGGGCUUCGUGUGCGACGGCUUCCACGACUGCACGGACAGGAGCGACGAGGCCAACUGCAGCCUGAAACACAAAGGUGGGAGGGACAGACCCCCACCCGCAGCCCCCAGCCCCCCCCGGCACCGAGGAUGGGCCGGGAGCGGGGAGAUGGAGGGAAGGGAGAGGGGCAGGGGAAAAUCUGUGUGUGUGUGCCCCCCUCCAGAAUGUGGGGGACCGCUGACCGCCUUGGAGGGGCACUUGUCCACCCCGAACCACCCGCAGCCAUACCCGCACCAGCAGCUGUGCCUCUGGCAGAUCUCGGUGCCCCUGGGCCACGUCAUCGACCUGCACUUCCACAACUUCAGCCUGGAGUCGCACGAGGACUGCAGCUUCGACUUCGUGGAGGUGCACGACAGCGCGGGCACGGGGACCGCCAGCCUCAUGGGCAGGUUUUGUGGCCACCAGCUGCCACCCACCCUGACCUCCUCACGGCACGUCAUGACCGUCCUCUUCGUGGCAGACGAGGGAGUUGCAGAUAAGGGGUUCUUUGCCACCUACCAAGCCCGCAAUGCCACGGAGAAGACCUGCAGCCCUGCGGAGUUUUCCUGUGGGAAUGGCGAGUGCCGGGCGCUGGAAUCUGUGUGUGACGGCUGGCACGACUGCCCCGACGGCACUGACGAGCUGAACUGCACCGGGGUGUCCUAUCCUGCCUUCGGGUCUGUCUGCGAGCCCGUGGAGGUGGAGAUGUGCCUGGGGCUGGGCUACAACGCCACCUCCUUCCCCAACAUCUGGCUGGCCAUCCCGGACCAGGAGGGAGCCGCCGAGGUGCUGCAGGACUACCAGACGCUGAUGGAGCUGGCGUGUUACCAGCACCUCCGCCUGCUCAUCUGCAGCCUCUUCGUGCCCAAGUGCAUCCCGGACGGGGGCGUGCUGCAGCCCUGCCGGGCCGUGUGCCUGGCGGCGGAGCUGCGCUGCCGGCAGUCCCUCGGCCUCCUCGGCAUCCUCUGGCCCAUCAACUGCAACAUCCUGCCCGACUCCAGCGACCCCGUAGAGUGCUUCCAGCCCUGAGCCGGCGAGAGGAGAGCAGCAGGGGCUGAACCACCCUCCCCACCCCAAAUGUCCCUCCUGUGCUCUCCCUGUUGUAAAUACCCAGCUGUUGGGGUGGCCCCUCAGGUGCCCUGGGGUCAGGCCCUGUGCUCAGUGCUUGCCGUGGUGCCUGGAUGCCACGGGCUUGCCCAAAACUCCAUUUCCCUAGAGAGCAGGUGACAUAUCCCACAGGGAAAGGCUUGUGCUGGAGGGGCACGAGGGAAAGGGUUAAUGCUCCCCAAACAGAGCAAGGCUGGGCAGAGGUGAGCCAGGCUGCAGGGACAGGAGCCCAGGGCUGCCCGUGUCCCACAGCCCCAAAUCCAGCAGAAUAAACAGCGUGAGCAGCUGACAAACCCAAAGGAGCAGGUGACUCAUCUGGGGUCUGUGUGGGGGUGCUGCCAGAUCCCAGGGAAACUGAGGAAUGGCUGGAGGGAGGGAAGGCAGGGAUGGGGCAGGGAUCUGAGCAGGGAUGGAGGGGCACAGGGGAGACUGCAGGGGAGAGUGGGCAGCUGGCUGUGCCCUCACUGGGCAGGGGGCUUGCAGGGUCCCAGGGAGACGGAUGGGUCUCACAGGGGUUUCAGUUGGUGGCCCCAUGGUGUAGGGAAGGGAUCCUGCACCACCAAGAGUGGAAGUAGCUC